AUGUUGUUUGCGAAUGUUGGUAAACAAAGAGAGAGAGAGAGGGAGAAAGCCCACUGCCAACUGCUGGUUAUACCUAAACCUUUUGGAUUUUCUUACUGCUCUGGCUGGCUGGGUGCCAGCUGGUUGUUUGGAUGGGUGGGAUUCCACAAUAAACCAGGACCAAACCAGACCAGGAACUACGUGGAAGUGACGAAGGCAACGGCAAAUGCAACGGCAACGAGGCAUCUGGAGCAGCAGCAAAAACCCAAAACUAUUUGCACUCAACAGCGGCAACAAAUGUUGCUGCGGUGUUGCCUUGUGCUACUUACGGCUGCCAUUUGAUGGCGAUGUCGAUGUGGAUGCCGAUGUUUUUGCCCCAACAUCCUAGCCAGGACUCCAAAGUAUUCCCCGAACCGAGCUGGCUGA